CCCCGAAACUCCACCUUCCGGGCGCGCGGCGCGGAGCCGGGCGGUGGGAAUGGAGCGAGCAGAUUGAGGCCGCCACUGCAGCGCCGCCAGCAUGAACUUGGCCGCGAGCUGAAGCGACGGGCGGCGGGCGGGCGCGGGGGCACCGGCCGCUAGCCAGGGGGUGAUCUUCAAUCCCGCUGAGCCAUUCGGCGGGCGCCUGGGGAUAGGCUGCCCGUGCUAGCGGCCGCCUGCCCCUCUGACUCUGCCCUGGCUGCCGCUGGAGCUCCGCAACACGCCCUGUGUCUAGGUCGUUUGGGAAACGCCUUGGAGAGUCAAGAAUAAAAUUGCAGGUCAAACAAUGGAUGACUGGAAAAGUCGGCUUGUAAUCGAGAGCAUGCUUCCCCAUUUCAACAUGGUGGGAAAUCGUCAGGAGCCGAGAAAGCUCCAGGAAUCGGGAACCAGUAAGAGAAGACAGGAAGGAGAGAACUUCCACUUCACAGGCAUGGCUGAUGGGGGCUAUCCUAAUAAAAUCAAGAGACCUUGUCUUGAAGAUGUCACCCUGUCUAUGGGCCCAGGUGCCCACCCUACUUCUCUCCCUACAGAGAUGCAGAUGCCCACAUUAAACAUGAAUCCCAAUUCUUCAGAUCUGGGAGUGGCUGGCCAAUCAUUACUCCUUGAGAAUAACCCUCUGGACAGUAAUGUUGUGAAUAGCAGUGCUAUGGGCUCACCAUUUGGGGUGCCAUCAACUGCAGACACGGGGCUAAAAGAACAUGCUGUUCCUUAUUAUGAGAAAAACAACAGUAUGCCAGCUGUAGAUCAAGAGCUUCAAGAUCUGCUGGAGGAACUAACCAAAAUUCAAGAACCUUCUUCAAAUGACCUUGACCUUGAGAAGAUUCUGGGGAGCAAGCCAGAAGAACCUCUGGUUUUACAUAACCCCCAGGCCCCUCUUGGUCCACCUGCCAAGCUUCCAGUUCAGAUGCCACAUAUGGAAACCCUUGGAUCCAGCAAGGAGUUUGCAUCUAGCUGCAGUCAAGUUGCUGGCACAUCAUUACCAAUCAUGCCCUCCUCCACAGGGAUCAGCUACUCCAUUCCUUCUACCAGUAAGCAGAUAGUCUCAUCCAGUUCUUCAACAGCACAGGCUCAAGUCAAAAACCAGGUCCAGAACAUGCUUCCUGUAAAUAUGCCUCCAUUAUCUGUGCCUCAGUGGCAUCAUGCCCACCAGCUGAAAGCACUUGCAGCCAGCAAGCAGGGAUCUGCUACAAAACAAGGUUCCAACCGCAGCUGGUCCAGUUUGCCUCCUCCGGGUCUUUCCCCACCUUACCUCCCAGUGUCAUCUCCUCACCCACCACCGCCACCACCAUUCAGCCCACAGAACUUCACAGCAUCCUGCAUGUCAUCUAGUAGCUUGUCUGGCAGUGCUGUGCAAAACUCGUCCAAUGCCUUACUCUCCAGCAUAGCCCCCAGCAGCAAUGCUACCCUUGGGCCCACCUUGUCCUAUGUUCCAGCAAAGCUCCCGGGUCUGCCUCUCAAUCAGCAACCACAAUUCAGCCCCCAGAGCUCCAUUCUUGCCAAUCUGGUGUCCUCUAAGGUCAAAAGCCCUCAAGGACAUCUGAUAUCUGCUCUGCCCACCAGCACCCCAGGGCCAUCCCCACCCUACCGCCCCGAGAAUCUCUCCAGCCCCGGCUUGCCACAGCAGUCCUUUACUCCACAAUACUCUCUGAUCAGGAGCCUCACUCCCACCAGCAAUCUGCUAAGCCAGCAGCAACAACAGCAACAGCAACAACAGCAACAGCAACAGCAACAACAGCAGCAGCAGCAGCAUCAACAGCAGCAGCAACAGCAGCAGCAACAACAGCAGCAGCAGCAGCGGCAGCAGCAACAGCAGCAGCAGCAGCAUCAGGCAAAUUCCAUCUUUAAGCCUAUGACCAGCAGCCAGCAACCCAAAACCUUGAGUAUGAUGAUGCAGCAUGGCCUAACAAGUUCCAGUCCAGAAGCACCUGAGCCCUUCACCUUCAGCAACACCAAGCCCUUGUCACAUUUUGUUUCUGAGCCAAGACCCCAGAAGAUGGCCUCCAUGCCUACCUACUCCAGGCAGUCAUCUUUGCUCCACUACCUGCCUCAGGCAACACCAGCACACGCUCCUUCUGCCACUGCAUCCUCCACUGCCACUGCCAGUUUGCAACUCCAGCAUCAUCAUCAACAGCAGCAGCAUCAACAGCAUCAUCAUCAACAGCAUCAUCAUCAACAGCAUCAUCAUCAACAGCAUCACCAUCAGCAGCAGCAGCAUCAACCGCAGCACCAUCAGCAGCAGCAGCAUCAACAGCAGCAGCAUCAACAGCAACAGCAGCAGCAGCAGCAGCAGCAAUCUGACCAGUCUUCAUUCCUUCUGCAGCAGAUAAUGCAGCAACCUCAGCGCUUCCAGCGCAUGAUGGCCUCUGAUUCUAUGCCUGCUCUGCCUGGACAGCAAGAGAAGCAGAGAUCAGGUCCUAUGGCAAUGACCCCUAAACAGCAGAAUGUGUGUAUCGCCCAGCAGAUGACUCAAUUUCAAGCAGUACAAGAACAAGUCAUCUCCAGGUGUAGCCAGACCAAGACAAGAUUCCCAUCCAACCAGCAAAAGAUGCCACCCCAAACUGAGCUCCUUCAGGACAAUCGGAUUCCAAGAAUAUUACCACCCACAAGUCACAUGGGUAUUUUGUCAUCAACUCUGAAGAAGCAACAAAUCAACACCGGCCUUCCAUUUCCCAUCUCCUCAGGCUUGGGUCAGGAUCCCCUGAAAAGUCUUGGCUCAGUCUGUCCCAAAGCCAAGGCCAUUCCCUUAGAAGUGCCCCUGCCCAAGCUCUGUAUCAGUCUCCUAAGCAGCCAAUCCUUGACUCCCUACCAACUCAGCCUCCCCAGUGUGCCAGUGAUGUCUUCAGUGUUCAGUAAUGCUGUCUGGACAGUGGCAGAUGCAGCUGUAGCCACGCCAGUUUCAAAGAAAUCACCCCUGAGCCAAGUAGAUAAUAGAAUUCUGCCGCAUUUUUAUAGCAACUCCAUCAUCUUUGCCAAGGCACCCAUAAGUAUACCCCUAACUUCUCUAGUAUCUCCAUCUCAGAAGGUUGUGGUCCAGGCCAAUCAGAUGGCCCCAGGAGCCAGGCCUGGCCAGAAGGUGUGUGCUGCUCUGGCCAGCUCCACAUUCAGCCUAUUGGGCAAUCAGAGCCUUGUGCAGAGCCCAGCACAGGGGCCUGUGCCUGUGUUGAGCACCAAGUCCCUCCAACAGAGCAUAGCCAGCUGCUCUCCCAUGAGUCCUGUUCAGGGGCUAGAGCCUCCAAGCUAUGCAGCUGCUACUGCUGCCACAAGCCAGUCCCUAGGUAUAUUGAUUAGAACAGGCACACCCCCUGAGACACAGGACAAUGUCCUGCCUCAGGCCCAGUCCCCAGUAGAUGGUCUGAUUUCACCAUCAUCUGCAGGCAGUGAGGUGGAUUUCAUGGAAGAGCUUUUGGAAGGCUGCAGUAUGGCCCCAGAUAAAGACUGGAUGUGCGACUUGAGGCUGAUAGAUAACAUUUUGGAGCAGCAUGCUGCUGUCCAAAAUGCUACAGUCCAGAAUGCUGACCAAGUCACCCAGGGUGCUGAGGAGCUAUAAAUCAAAGUAGAGUGCUCCAGAAAAGCCCCAUGCUGUCACUCAAAGGAGUGGCCUGAAUCUGCAGCCAGCUUGAAACUGGCCCCAGACACCCAUACUAGGGUCCUAGUCUGAAUCCUGUCAGCCCUGCCUGUCCCUCUAUCUACCUGAUAAGUAAGAAGCUGGUGAUUUUUCAAGCUACUUGUACAUAUUUGAAAAUUUUGUAAAUGGUUUUCCUAAUCAUAAAUGACAGAAGUAUUUAUACUUGGUUUUGUGGCUUUGUAAAUAAAGUGGCAGCUUUGGUUU